AUGGUUUCUUCCAAUGAGAAGAGGCCUCAUUUGUCAAGAAAUAGAAUGUCUAGAAAUGAUGCUAACCAUACGUUAAUAAAUCUGGUGAAAGCGUUUUCAAGUGUAAGUGCACCACGAGAGAGGUCUACGUCGGAAUUAGCAUCUGAAAUGAGCAAACGAAUUAGUCAAAGCGAACCCUUGACUUUCGAUGCUAAAUGGGAACCGUCGGAGCUUGAACUCUGGUUAAGAGAAUUUGACAAACUUUUUGAUGUAGUAGAAUGUCCAGAAGAAUUGAAAGUUAAUCAUGCUGCAUUUUAUUUGGUUGGAGAAGCCGACUACUGGUGGGCAAACAGUAGAUCAGGGUUGUUGGAGCAGGCUGAGGGGGAUUUUAGUUGGGAUCUAUCUAAAAGGGCCAUGCGAGAGAAAUUAUAUCCGCUGCACGUAAGGAAAGAUAAGUCAAACGAGUUUGCGCGGAUAGAGAUGGGUGGUAUGACUGUUGAUGAGUAUUACCACAAAUUUAUGGAGUACCUCAAGUACUGUCCUGAUGAUGUUCCCACUGAAGAGAAGAAAAUGCAGCGAUUUGAGCUGGGAUUGUCGUAUGACAUUCAAAAACAUAUUCAAAGUGAUCGUUAUAACAACCUGGAACAGAUGUACAAGCGAGCGUCUCAAAUAGGGAAUAUUUUGAGGAAGGAGAAGGAAAAAGAAAAGGGUAAUGUCCCUGAGAAGAGGAAAGAGGUUUCUGGUCAGACAUCGGAGAACUUGUCGGGCCUUUAUCAUAAGAAAGCAAGAAAUUUCGGAAAUUUUCAGGGAGGCGGGUGUAGUACAAAUUCUGGGUUUAGAGGAGACGCGAAGCAUGCUAAGCCAUUACUGGACCGAGAUGGCAAUGAAAGGAAGUAUUUCUGUAGAAGAUGCAAGAGAAAUCAUCCGGGAAAAGAUUGUGAUGGGAAUUUGAUCGAGUGUAACUUUUGCCACAAAAGAGGACAUAGGGAGUUUGAAUGCUACAUAAAGAAGGGGAGGUUCCAGCGACCUUUUAAUGGGGGACAAGGCCGGGUAGAUGGAAACCGGGCUGAAGGGUCAGAAAUGCAUCGUGGGGGCAAUCACGUGGGAGGAAUUAAUGCACAAACGGCUAGUGGAAGGGUAUCUGCGAGUAAAGUAGAAGAAUUGAAUUUAGGAACGUUUGAACAAGUUUCUUAUACGGUGGCUGUUCCAUCGGGAAAAUUGUACAGUUGUGAUAGACUGUAUAAGGAUGUACCCUUGAAGAUAGGGAAAGUUGUCUUUUCUAGUGACUUGUAUGUAUUAGAUAUGGAAGGCUUAGAGGUAAUUUUGGGGAUGGAUUGGUUAGGAAGAUAUAAAGCCACUAUUGAAUGUAGAGAGCAGAAAGUAUUGUUUAAAGGACCACGAGGGGAAAACGUUAGAUAUAGGAAGUUUCCCAAGGGGCCUAGGACGAAUUUGGUGUCGACAUUAGAAUUGCAAAGACUCGUGAGGCAAGGAUACCCUUUGUACUUAUGUCAUAUCAGCCAGGGGGAAAGAAGGAAGAGGAUCCCAAGGAUAUUGCUGUAUUGA